AUGGCCACCGUCGCCGCUGACCGCCCCCUGCGCGUGGGCAUCGUGGGCGCCGGCCGCAUCGGACAAGUGCACGCCCAGGGCGUCCAGCGCACCAGCGCAGUGGUUCACUGCAUCCAGCUGCCCGCUCGCGCGUCGGAGCCGGACCGCGCCGAGAAGAUCGCCAAGACCUACGGCAUCCCCAACUGGACCAACGACGCGUCCGAAGUGCUGAGCCACCCGGAGAUCGACGCCGUGCUCAUCUGCUCGCCCACGGACAAACACGCCGAGCAGAUUGUCGAGGCUGCCAAGAACAAGAAGCACAUCUUCUGUGAGAAGCCCGUGCAUCUCAGUCUGGAGGUCGUCAACAAGGCCAUCAAGGCGACUGAAGACGCCGGCGUGAAGCUUAUGAUCGGGUUCAACCGCCGCUUUGAUGCCAACUUCGUCCGCAUCAAGCAGGCGGUUGAUCGUGACGAGGUUGGCAAGGUCAACAUGAUUCGUAUCACCAGCCGCGACCCCGGUCCACCGCCCGUGAGCUACAUCAAAAGCUCCGGUGGACUAUUCUGCGAUAUGACCAUCCACGACUUCGACAUGGCUCGAUUCCUCGUCGGUGACGAGGUGGACGAGGUCUACGCCAUGGCGCAGAGCGUCAACCCGGACAUCGCUGCGGCGGGCGACAUCGACACCGCUGUGAUACUGCUCAAGUUCCGCAACGGCGUGAUCUGCUACAUCGAGAACAGCCGCGAGGCGGCGUACGGCUACGACCAACGUGUGGAGGUCUUGGGAUCGAAGGGGUCUGUGGCGUGUGGCAACAACCACGCUAACCAGGUCGUGAUCUCGACGAACGAGAGCGUGCGUCGCGACUUGCCGCUGCACUUCUUUCUCGAGCGCUACAUGGACGCGUACGUGGCGGAGAUGGAGGCGUUCAUCCGUGUGUGUACGACGGAGGGUGCUACGGUUCCCGUUGGCGGCGACGACGGUCGCGAGGCGCUGCUUCUGGCCCUUGCUGCCAACAAGUCGCUGGCGGAGAACCGUCCUGUCAAGGUCGAUGAGUUGCGGGCUUGA